UAGUUGAAUCUUAGUAUAUUAUACCUGGUCUGUCUGUCUAACAAUCAUGAAACGGACUACCAGCGGGCCUCCUAAGAGACUUCGUCCAGGGCCACCUGCGGAUUUAAUUGCACUUGGAAAAAGCAAAACUGAACUUCAGAGAGCAGCCCCUGAACCAAGCCUACCGUCGAUAAAGAAGGUAUCUACAUUCCACACCAUAGCCGCAGCAACGUCUUCUCACCAAUCUCGUAUGUCACCCACUAUUCCUGAACCGUCUGUCAAAUACAUUGAUGCUGCUGCCCAAGAUUUACUAAAGAAAGUUACAGAGGCCAAAGAUCAGGAAACGGUUGAUGGAUUAGUAUGUGGGGCAAUUCGUGUUUUACGAGCAAACAGACUCCGGCCUGAUCAGGUAAUUGUGUAUACAUUGAUGGUUUUGGCAAAAAAACAGCCCUCUAUUUUUACCAGUGAAAUGGUAGUUGAAUGUCUAGUGGGACUCCUGAAAAAAGAUGUCGGAUUGGAAUAUAUUAAAUCAAAAGGGAAUAGCAUUUCUGCUGUGCUCGCUUGCAAUCUUCUCUUUACAGGAUUUGAGCAGAACUAUAGCUGGCCUUCCCUCUUGGUAAAAGUUUUCAUUGAAGACUCAUUGAGUGAUCGAAUAUGGGUUGAUCAUCCCAAGUGUAAAAAAUUUGUAUCCAGUGUUAGUACAGCUUUUGACACCGUUCAGAUUUCAAAAGAACAUAAAGUUGAUACUGGAGAAGAUGUGGAUAUGAAGGAAAAAGAUGAAUCUUCUGAAGAUGAACAAAAUGUUUCUAAGCGUUUCAUGGCUUCAGCAGAACUAGUACGACUUUAUGCAAUAGAUAUGGUUCGAGAGAGAGUUAAUCGCAGACAGGGCACUAUUUCUGCACAGGACCCAACAGGUGCUGCUUCAGGUCGUCAUUUGAUCAAAACAUUAAUUGCAAUGUGUGGAAUAUCAGAGAUACGUGUUAUAGCUGCUCAUAAACUGGAAAUGUGGUCUCAAAAUCCUAAGCUAGCAAAAUCUACACAAGACCUACUUAUGUCGAUAUGUGUUAACUGCCGAGAUCAUAAUCAGGAUGAUGUUGAUGUUAUAUCUUGCUUGGUUAAAAUGCGUCUCAAAACCAAGGCACUUCUAAAUCAUUAUAUUCAGUGUUUAAAAAUUUUGAUAGAUGCUCAUAAGGAUUCAAUCAAUACAUUAUUCAGCUACAUUAUUUAUAAUGAAUUAUCCAGUGCCAGGAAUCCUACAAACAUGUCUGUUAUAGCUGCUCUUCUACAACAUAAGCCCAAAAUUGCUGCAGAAACUUUGGCAAUAGUUUGCCAAGAUCUUCUACUUCAAAAAGAAGAUUAUUUAAGAGCUGUUCGUGCACUUGUUAGGGAAAUAGUAAGAAUAGCAAAGCAUGAUGUACAGUUUACUUCAUUUGCCCUUGGUAUAAUGAAAGAGCCAGAUCGUGAAAAGUUCAUGCAUUUGGAUCAGGCUCAUAAAGAGAGAUUUGUUUCUUCCACUGCUGAUUUAGUAUGUCUUCUGAUGUUAGUAAGUAUCUCUCCAACAGUAAAAGAGGCAAUUGGGGUUAUUACGAAAAAGGCCACCCCCACAUCAGAAGUUGAUCAUGAUACUAUUUUUCAUGGCCAUAAAUUGGAUUUAGCUGCAAUGCAACGAGAUGCUGUUUGGUGGUUACAUGCCACUGCAGUUCCCCUUCUUUUACCUAAAAUUACAACACCGGAUUUGGGACAGCAUAUUCACAAACUGCUUUUUCUGAAGUCCGCUGAAACCUACUACAUGAAGGAUAACUGGCCACCUGAAUCUGAAAGAGCAAUGAUGGUGAAACACUGUGCGGAAGUUCCAUUACUGGAAGACACAAUCAUGCGACUGGCUGUCAUUGGCCUUUCACACGAACAUCCAAUCGCUCCGGCAGAGACUCUUGAGCUUAUUGGUCAAUUAGUUCACAGAGCUGGUGCUUUGGCGAAACCACAUUUCAACCCUAUUCCAGUCGAGAGAAGGGAUGUCAUUGACACAUUGUUAUCUCUCGCUCAAUAUCAUCAUCCUGAAAAUAUCCAUCUUCCCUCUGACUACGUGCCACCGUCUUUAGCAAUUUCUCUGCUGUAUUGGUCAAUUUGGCAAACUCUGCUUAUUAUUUCUUCUUUUAAUCCCAGCUCUAUAGGUCUUCAGGCGUGGAAUGAAUAUCCAAUUCUUAGAAGUUUCAUGGAGAUGGCAAUCAUAAACAAUUUCACAUUUCCACUGGCAACAGUAGUUGAAGAAAAUGAGAGAUCACAAAUUGUGAAUAAAGAAAUGCAAAUGGUGGAGAUGGAGAAAAAUGAAAUUAUUGAGUUUGAAUCACAUUUGGCAGCAGCCACCACACAUCUUGCUGUAACAGAGGAGACAAGUUUGUUGCUUUCUCAACUUAUUGCUAUGGACACAAAAGGCCCACCUCGUCGACCACCUGAACAUAUACUAAACAAGACUCGAUUGAUAUGUAGUCAGAUUCAAGUUGGAGCCGGUUUAUGCCGAUCUAGAAAUCCAGAUUUCUUAUUAUACAUCAUUAAUAGACACGGAGAAGACCAGGCAAUGCCAUGGUUGUCUAGUCUGGUUGGCUCUGCCAAAGGAGAUAUGAGUAUGCUUCCAGUACAAUGCCUUUGUGAAUAUCUCAUGGCGAGCAGUGUUGAUGAUAGCAAAGCAGAAAACAAGCUAAUACAAGAGAAAGAAAUUGUCGCUCAACUUCAAAAUUCAUUACGAAAUCAACAAACUGAAGAAUCCUGGCAACCAAUAAACUAUUUUUUACGCAGGCUACAUUCCCCACAAUAUGAAACAAGACUGAGAGCAAAGCAUGCUCUAUCUCUCGUUCUGAGGGAUGAGGACAUGGAUACCAAUGACCCAAAAAUAUGCCAUGUACAACCUGUUCUAGAAGACUAUGAGUGGCUGCUAUAUCAACUUGUGUCCCUACCUAACUACAACUUUGUUCAUUCAAAAGCAGUUGAUGCAAUUACUGAGACAAUUAAAUGGGAUAGUGAUGAAAGUAUGGUCACAGCUUGUUUAGCUUUUCUUGCUGAUGACAUAACCAAAUUAGAUUUAUCGUUAGAAGAUUCUGCUCAAUCUGUCUCUCGUUUUGCCUUGUCUACAGCUCACUUGCUUAUUGACAGGCAAGUACUGGUGAGAAAUAUAUUAUCUGAUACAAUUAAGAAAUCAGGUUCGAGUGGAAAAACUAUAGCAAAUAUAUUUGUUGAAUCUAUUUUGAAAAUAUUUUUAUGUCACAUGAACUUGAUCAAAAAACAACAUUCAUCAGAUGGGACAGAUCACGAAGAGACAAUGGAGCAAGUACCUUGGUGUGACACACAGGACGAAAUUUUUUUAAGGUGGCCUAGAGGAAGCGGUCACGCCCAGAUGCAUAUUCUUGUUUCACAGGCCAUGAUUUUACUUUUGACAUGCGGACGUCCAAAACAAAAGAGAGGUAAUGCAGAUUCUUUAGAAGGGAAUAAAAUGUACCAGGAAGUGUUACAGACAUGGUUUGCAGAGGAUGGCUCAACUAUUCCCAAAGCUUUCUUGAUGGAUACCCAAGAGGAAGCCCUUCUACUUCCAGACUGGUUGAGACUUCGUUUAUUACACUGCGAAGUUAAUGCGACAGAUGCUAGACUUCCAAUUGCUGGAUCCCGAGAUUUGGACCUCGAACAGUUGUUGCUCUUUAUUCAAUCUUUUGGUAUUCCAUAUCAAUCAAUGGACAGACUAUUAGGUAGCCUCGAUGAGUUUUGUUCAUCAACACCUGAAGCUGUUGCUAAUUCAGUAAAAGACAAUAGAUCUUAUCUUGCUAAACUUGUGGAGGGCCAGUGGAAAAGGGGAUGCUGCAAUGGUACUGAUUUUCACGCUUUAUUGUCAAUGGAAAAAUUAUCACCUCGUCCUUCAGUAAUUCAAUCAGCAUCUGCCACGAUAACGGAUGUGGUAGAUUUGACGGUUGAUCAAAGUGAGGAUUCUGAUAUUAUCAUGGUUUCAUCUCCAGAAAAAGCAACAUCUAGUCAAGAAGAGGAUGAAAAUCUAUCUAUGCUAGUGGAUGACAGUGUAACUAACAUGUUGCAAGAUUUAUUUAUGGCCAAUGGUAAUGAUGUCAUCAAGUAUAAAAUGAAAAAGAACUUGAUAUUCAGGAAUUUAAUGAGGUCUAUCAAUUUGCGAAAAAUGAAAAAUUCUAAUGGUGUAGUUAAUUGUGUUUCCGAAAUGUAUGCCCUUGUUUCUGCUAAGAAAACGGGAUUGGUGUUUUUGAACGGUUUGUACAUGAAUACUAACUGGAGCUGCAGCCUUAUCAGAAAAAUUGAUUCCUCUUUGAAAAGAGCAAAAUCAUGUAGCAAUUUAUCUCAGAGAAAAAUAAUAGAUUCCAGUAUAGAAGUUUUUGAAAAACUUGUGUUGAUACUUAAAGUGAAAGCACCAAGCUCAUUGUCAUCUGAAAAUCAUUUAUUACUAUUACUACAGUCCUGGGCAUGUUCAGAAAAGAAACAGCAAGCUGAAAGCGAAGGUUUAGGUCAGCUUGACUGGGCAAGACUUGAAGAAUUCUUACGAAAGCAGUUGGCAUUCCUUGAAAGAGAUGAAGAAAUAAAAAACAAAGUAGCACUUGUGGCAAAAAUACUCUUAGAAGAAAUUGGGAAUAGAAAAUCAAAAGCUAGCAGGGGAAAAUGCGAUGUUCAAGAUGAUGCAUUUUAUGCAAGUAUUGGGACAACUGGACUUUUAAUAGAUUGGCUUCAGUUACUUGACCCUGAGCUUCUUGCCCACCGGCCAAAACUGCAGCGAAAAUUACUUUUUGAGUCACAGCGCUUGGUUACUUUAUCCAUGCCUAUCAAGAUGUCAGCAAAAAUGAGUAAUAUAAAACUUCCACAGUCAUUGACUUCUCAUCAAACAUAUCUUCUUUCACUUCUGGCUGAACACAGUAAUUGGGAGACUGUUUACAAAUGUCUGCAAUGGCUGCUUUCAGAUUCCACUUAUGAAACAAGCACAGAAAAAUCUGGAAAGAGUCAGUCUUCUGGAAUCAAUGUUGAUGCUCGCACAGCAAUGGAUUUCCUCUGGGUUUGUAUGCAUAUGUCUAAUAUUUGGAAAGGUCGUGAAAACAAGAGCACUAGUUUGCAGGAACCUGUUUUCUACUUAAAUUCUGAACAAUUUUGCAGAGUUUUAAGUUACAUGGUUGCAUCAAGCACCAAACAAGCCAGUUCUACUUUGAAAAGUGGUUGGGGAGGUACUUCUUAUUUUGAGUUAUUCCUGGUUUUCUAUACCAGGUUUGGUCAAAAGGUAAUGAGAUCUGAGAAUCUUGAAAAGACUGUUAUGUUUGUUUACUCAAAAGCUAAAGAAAAUGCAGUAGACUUGUGGUGGCAGCUUCUAGCUCAGCUCUAUAUUUUACAACCAUUUCAUGAUGUUUGGAAUACAACCAAUUCACAGUGUAAUGAAGGUAUUGAACAAAACUACACUCUUGCCAAAGCAGUUACAUCUUCAGAGGUUGGAUCCAUUUGUCGUCUGGAUUCACUUGUACAAAUGUUACUUGAUAGAAUUGGUUAUGUGAAAGAAACUGGACGUGUCGAUGCUCGAGACUCCGUUACAGCUAUUCAGUCAAGUGUUGAUAGCGCAUAUGAUGCAAGCCUAAUUCUCAAAAAGCUUGCCAGUUGUUGCCCAGCUAUUGUUUUACGACAACUUUCUUUAAUGUUGAUUACACUUUCUGGACGUACUUGGUAUGAAUUUCGAGAAUUUAAGGCCAAAAAUCACCUGUUGUUCAUGUCUCAACUUCUUGGAAUCUUGGAUUCAAUAGGUCAUCAGUUGUUUGAUAAUGAUUAUGCAAAUGAUGUUGACAAAAUUAUUGACACUUACCUCCAGAUGUGUUCAAAUUAUUGUACCAAAGCGAGAAGGCAACUUCGUGAUGUCAUGCACAACACUCUGCAAAUUGUUUAUCUAUUUUUACAAAAGAAACCGCAGCGAGCUCAUCGGAUUGUUUACCAAUACAUGUAUAUGCUCCAAGGACUGAUGGACCAUACAUAUAGUGAUCAUGACUAUGUUGUUUCUUUGAUAAGGAAAAUAAUGAACACUGUUGAAUCAGCUCCACUAAUGAUGAAUACAUACAAUGCUGAAACAGAGGAACCUGUUAACGAUGACAUCUUAAUCAUAGAUACUGAAAUAAGCGAUGCAAAUGAACAAGCCACACCAUAUCUGAGAAUUUUGGCCAAAAGUGAUGAUUUGGAAAAUAUUGCACAGGUUUUGGCAGAGUUAUCUGACACAAAGCGAAAAAUAACAAAUUUGGAGCCUUUUUUACCACACUUCACCAAGUUAUUUACAACUUGCAGAGAGAGUAGUAUUAGACACGCAGCCCUAAGUGCAUCCAUUGUUUGUAUGCGGGCCUCCCCUUCUCGAAGUUGCCCACAAAUAUUACCAGCGUAUCUAUCCUGCCUAACUGGUAUAAAAACACCGCUUGUUUCAACUUCCAGUCAAACAAGACUUUAUGAAUUGGGUGAAACCACUGCAGUAACUGGGACCAAUUCAGAUGAACUUGCACAAACAGCUUUAGAUUUCUUACCUGAUGUUGUUGUUUUGUGUAGAGAAAGAGCAGCAAAGAUUUUGGAAGCAGCUUUCGCUUGUGGUUCCAGAGGGGGAGUAGGCAUUCAGCCACCUGGACCUCAGGGAUUGCUUGGAACACCAGUAGCUAUCGGAGGAAAAUCAACAUGGCAGGAUUUGAGUGAACUUCUUGCCAAGUCAGUAACCUUGUUAAGUGGUCUCGCACAGUCAAAUGUGAAACCUGCACCAUCAGGACAGAGUUGAAUUUCCAAUUUGAAGAUCAAUAUGAUGGUGUAUGUUUGCAGUCCGAGAGGGAGAAACUUCCUGCGCCGAUGCGAAGCAAACUGAAAACCAGAAGUGUUUGAACAAAUGCAGAUUCGAUUCAAUAACAGUGAAAUUAGCAGAUAUUCCUGUUCACUAUCAUAACCAAAUACUUGUUUUACUGAAAAUAUCACAUGCUGAUUGUGAAAAUGUA